UUUCCUCUUUUACAGCUAUCAUGUAUGUAAUGGGAGCUCUUGGUCCUGCAGCAGGAUAUUUAUUAGGAGGUGUUCUUAUUGGGUUUUAUGUACAUCCUACAAGUACUGUUCAGAUUGACCAAAGUGACCCACGGUUCAUUGGUAACUGGUGGAGUGGAUUCCUCCUUUGUGCUAGUGUGAUGCUUCUUGUUAUACUUCCAAUGUUUGCUUUUCCCAAAAAGCUCCCACCUCGACACAAGAAAAAGAAAAAAAAGAUGCACUCUGAUGAUGUUUCAGGUGAUGAUGAUAUUGUGAAAGAAAAAGUGAAUAGCAAAAAUGAGCUAGGCUCGGAAAUUCCUACAUCAAUGGGCUUUGGAAGAAAUGUUAAAGGUGUGAUUAUUGUUCCAAGUGCUGGUGUUGGUAUUGUCCUAGGAGGUUACAUUAUAAAAAAACUGAAACUUGGUGCAAGAGAAUCUGCAAAACUAGCAAUGAUUUGCAGUGGAGUAUCUCUGUUAUGCUUUUCAACGCUCUUCAUAGUUGGAUGUGAAAGUAUUAAUCUAG